CAUAUUAUACCACGUGUGUACACUUUUAUUAAGCGUUCAUAACCGGCAAGGCAAGGUUUUUAAGAUGGCUGAAAGAACAUUGAAAACGCUCUUGGUUAUUGGUUUGUUCACGAUUGGAUCGACAACAGACGAAAAAGAUAACAUUGUAGUUGAUACAAAAUUAGGACCAAUCAAAGGCACAGUGUGGAAAUACGAGCAAACAGGAGAAAACUUAUACGAAUUUCGUGGAAUUCCAUAUGCAAAACCUACUACAGGUGCAAAAAGAUUCACUAAACCUGAACCUGUUGACCCGUGGAAAAAUAUCUUAGAUGCUUCUGCAUUUGGUGCAUCAUGUCCCCAGUAUGUUCCAGAGGUAAUGGCGGAGUUGAAACCACAAAAAAUGGCAGAAGAUUGUCUUUUUUUAAAUAUAUUUGUUCCUAGAAAAUUGAAGCCAGGAAAAAAUUUAUCUGUCAUGUUUUGGAUACACGGUGGUGGACUUAUGAAUGGAAACGGAGAUGCAUAUGAUGGAAGUUUGCUUUCCAUGCAAGGCGACGUAAUUCUUGUCACAAUUAAUUAUAGACUUGGAAUAUUUGGAUUUCUCGCCUUAGAUCAUCCGGCCGCAAUGGGUAAUUACGGGAUAUGGGACCAAAAACUUGCAUUAGAAUGGGUUCAUGACAAUAUUGAAUCUUUUGGCGGAAAUCCAGACUCGGUUACAAUUUUUGGUGAAUCAGCUGGAGGUUGGAGCGUAUCCUUCCAGUCAUUAAUUCCAUCGAACAAAGGCCUUUUCCACAGGGUCAUAGCACAAAGUGGAGUUGUUACAAGAGCAGGUGUCCUGAGUAAGCAAAUGAUUCGAGAUGCUUUCAAAGAUUUGUCUGAGAAAGUUAGUUGUCCAGUUGAUGAUAUGUACAAAUUCACCGACUGUCUUCGGGAUACGUCUGUUGAAAAGCUUCUUAAUGAAACGAACUUUUUUGCAUCGAUGUCAAACGAAGUAGCAAAGUUUAACAGUGAGUAUCAACCAGCUGUCGAUGGAGAACUAUUUAAGGAAAAUCCUCUCUUUCUAUUAGAAGACAGUUCAUCGGAAGUAUCACAAUUUUUCCGUUCUCUAGACUUUAUGGCUGGAACUACAUCAAAUGAAGGAAAUUUGGUGCCUAUGAUAACUCAUCCUGGGUUACAAGAACGAUACGAGUUUAAUGUGAGUGAAGGAAUCCCAGCUAAAUUUGUCUGCCAAGGAAUGUUGAAUUCUUAUGUUGAUAGGAAUUUUAACACGGACAAGGAGCAGCUCAAAGAAUCUUUAUGUCAGUUUUAUACUACUGACCAUUCAGAAGAUGCCCAGAGCUUAAAAGUUACACACUGCUACGCUGAUUUGAGUUUCGUCUUUCCAACCCUUAAAAUGUUGGAAAACCAUGCAGCUGGGACUGGUACAACAUACCAAUAUCAAUUUUCUAGAGAAAGUAGUAAACCAAUGCAUAUAGGCGGUCCUCCACCAAAAUGGUUCCGUGGUGCUGGUCAUGCCGAAGAGCUAAAGUAUAUGUUUGAUAUUAGUCGACACUUCAAACAUUUAGAUGUUGGGUUAACAGACGGAGAGAAGACUCUCUCUCAGAAUAUUGUUCAAUAUUGGACUUCCUUUGCAAAAACUGGACGCCCAGACGCUGGUGAAGAGUCAGUUCAGUGGAAAGAAUUUGACCUUCAGGACAGAAGCUAUAUUGAUCUCGAUGUACCUACCACAAUGAAGAAGUCAUUGAAGCCGGACAUGUUUAAAUUUUUGAACGAAAUAUUUCCUCCGUUAGCAUACGAAAAACAUGAACGCGACGAGUUAUAGACGAUGUUCGUCAUUUUUCUUUAUUUAAAAGUACAUUUGUUUUCAUUAUUAUUUUAUAAGAGAUCCAUGUUCAACAACUUUUCAUGUAUUUGAGUGAACAGUUACUUAUUCUUUCAUAAUUAGAUUUAGUAGUUAAUGUCUAAAUGUGCCAUCAAAGUCCUUUAAUAUCCAAGCUUUUUUAAUACAUGGUCAGCUUUAUUCAGAGCAUGAAAAUAGACUUAAUGCACAAAUUGCACGGUAUUGAAUUUUAUUAAACGUUCUUAUAUGUUCACAUUUUGUAUUCCAUUGAAUAAGAUUGAAACAGGUUAGAUUGAACACUGAAACAUUAUUUUAACUCCGUCACAUGUCCGUAUGUCUGACCGAAGUAAGACAUCUCGUUCAUAGGGGAUUUUUUUUAUAUCUGUUGACGGCUUUUUUCAUACCUUCUGUUAUAAUUACUAGUAUUCAGAUUUGUCUCGACUCGGGUCGGUUUAAAGCAUAGAAGCUAUGAAAUAAUGCAUAAACGUGCACUUGUCUAUAAAUAAUUUUUUAAGAGUUUAAGACCGAUGUCUGAUUAUAUAUUUUGUGAUUUUAUGUUUCGUUGGGUUGCUGUCUCAUUAACUUUUAUCCCACAUUUUCUUUAAUAAAUACUGAAUUAUAAAUGCAUGUAUCAAUUUGUUAUUAGAACUUUUAUAUGUACUGUACACACUUUGAAUUAAUUACAUUGUGAAACAAC